AGCUGUGAAUGACAGACAUCGUAUCCUCCACUGUACUUAGUGAAAUACAACUUCGGUUACUCUGUCAUGAUGACAUAGAUACAGUGAAGCUUCUAUGUGGUGACUGGUUCCCAAUAGAGUACCCAGAUUCAUGGUACCGGGACAUCACUUCCAACAAGAAAUUCUUUUCCUUGGCAGCCACAUAUAAAGGUGGCAUUGUGGGGAUGAUAGUGGCCGAAAUAAAAAGUCGAGCAAAAGUACAUAAAGAGGAUGGAGAUAUUCUGGCCUCUAGUUUUCCUAUAGAGAUACAAGUUGCUUACAUUUUAAGUCUAGGGGUUGUAAAAGAAUUCAGAAAACAUGGAAUAGGUUCAUUAUUACUUGAAAGCCUGAAGGAUCACAUAUCAACCACAGCUCAAGAUCAUUGCAAAGCAAUCUAUUUGCAUGUCCUUACUACCAAUAGUACUGCCAUCCACUUCUAUGAAAAUAGGGACUUUAAACAACAUCACUACCUGCCCUAUUAUUACUCUAUACGUGGUGUUUUAAAGGAUGGCUUUACGUAUGUUCUUUAUAUCAACGGAGGACACCCUCCUUGGACAAUCUUUGACUAUAUUCAACACAUUGGCUCAACUCUGGUGAAUCUGAGGCCUUGCUCCAUUCCCCAGCGAAUAUACCGCCAGGCACAGAACCUUAUCCGCAGUUUUUUACCCUGGCCUGGUAUCUCAGCAAAAGGUGGCAUAGAGUACAGCAGGGCAAUGUGAUCUCAUGUUUUUUUUUAAGCAAACAAUUUGAAAAGCUACAAAACGGACAGUCUGCACUGAUUAUAUUUGUAUUUCUUCUGAACAUCAAUAUGCCAGGCAGGGAGGAAGGGAUGCUAUAUUUUAAAACGCUUGGAGGCAGUCCCUCACUGAUGCAAUUCGAAUUCUAUACAGAAUGUAUUAUAAUACAGUGUUACCUAUCUGUUAAUGGAGCAAGUGCACUGUGUCAAGAUUCAUCUGUUCCAUUAAUGUCUUUUGAUUACUUUUACACCUGGUAAUUUGCUGCUAUCUAGAAAACCACUGUAUGUCUUAUUUGUAAUUAUAUGUGGAUUCUAAAUGUAGAUUUUCAUAAUUUCUUUUGACUUUGAAUAUUUCAGUUGUAUUAUGCACCUUGAGUGUAUGGCAAAAAUUCUGUAUUUGGAUUUUACUGUAUUCAGGUUUUAAAGUUGUUGGACUGGUUUCUGCACAGUCAUUAAUUUGUAGCCUUUGCCCAUUCUUGUUCACUUCAUUAAGUUGGAUUUUGUAACUAUGGGAAACAAAAUCUAUUUUUGUGAUUGAUCAACGUUUUGGUUUUCAAAAUGCCUGCUUUUAGUUGCAAUAUAUAUUAGUAAAGUGUUCAUAUAUGCAUGUUCUUUACUGAGCUGAAUUGAUUGUACUUGUUCACCUUGUGUAUACCUGGGGGUAAAAUAUGCAGACAGUUCAACUAUCUUUUAAGCCACACGAAUGACCCCACCUGGUGGAAAAACCACGAGGUGAUCAGUGAUUCAAAAAAGGGAGAAAAAAAAGUCCAAGAUAGACGAUUUUGCCAUUUGCAACAACUGCUUGUCCUGCUAUUCAUCAUUUCGUUGUGUCACAUGACAUUUUCUGUUCUGGAAUUACAAACUAGCUUUCAAGAUUGGGAACAGACGAUUUUAGAAAUUCACAAUAUGUUCUAUUUAAAUCUGUCUUGAACUGUUUCAGAAAAACAAGCUUGAGUUUAGAUCUAAUUUUACUUCUUAAAAGUAAUUUUUUUUUCUUGCUUUGCAGUGCAUAAAUUAUGACAUCAGACACUGUGUGGUCACUCCAUAUGCCAGACUGUAAUAAUCAAAUGUGUAAAUAUUACUAUGUUUUUAUCUUUUUUUCCUAUAUGCCUGAUAAUUACUGUAAUGGUGUAAUGUGAAUGGUGUUGCAGGUCACAGAUGGGAAUACAGAUCAUUAUGAACUGCUAGAACUACUGUGAAAAGUGUUCCUAUGUGAAGUGUCAAUCUACAUGAAUUUCAGAUUUUUUUAAGCUUCAGUGAUCUAGCUGUUUAGACAUUUUUAACUUCAUUCCAUCAUUCUGUUUCACAAUUUAAAAAAUGCCUACACUGUUUCACAGGUUUUUAAAAUAAUUUUGGCACCAACGACAAUCAGUGUAAGACUUUUAAACAGUAAUUGCACUUUAGAUGUAUAGUAAAUGUUAAUAUAUUUAUGUAGUGGCACCCCUGUUAUCUGGGCAGCACUCUUUGUCUUAAUACAUUUAGACUUCUGAUCUGUUGUUGAGAACCAGUAUUCAUUGUUUAUGAAAUAUGACACCAGGCUGUGUAAGAAAUGGAACCAUAGAACCAUAGUUUGAAAUGAAGAUAAAUAUGUUCAGAAUUUCAGUUAAAUAUAUUAACACUAUAUUAAAAAUUCCAAUUAAUGUAGCACCAGUUGUAUUUUGCUUUUUUGUAUUUCCGUUAUUUGUGUUUUUCUCAUUUGUUGAACCACCAGUUGAUUUCUGGACUCCUGUGUUGAUUCAAUUUAUGUGGCUGUUGCAUAAAAUGUUUUUAAAAAUAAUUAUUAUGUUUUGUAAAGCAAGAAACAAAACAUCUGGAUUCUUGUGUGAAUUUAUUUCUUAAAACAAUUAGGAUACAUAAAUUUACUGGUCACAGCACUGUAAGAAAUCUUGCUCAAUCUAUUAAAAAUUACGUCAAAAUCA